AUGCUGGUGAGCCUGCAGGAGAAUUUGCGCAUGUUGGAGGAAGAGGCUGCGAAGGUAGGACGGGAGGAAGCAAAGAAGAGGUUGGAGGAUGGGGAUGGUGCGCAAGCGCUGUGCACAGAUGUUGGAGGCAGGGAGGUGUGCAAACAAAUCGCUGUAGACAUCCAGGCAGUCGCGCAGAGAUUGGGGCCACAGGCAAGGCUGCGCGUGGAGGAAGCCAUUCGGUCUGCGGAGGUGCAGCAAUCUGUGUCGCCCCAAGGCUUGGCCGUUCCAACAAACGAACCACUCAGCUUCUUCGACGCAGGGACCUGGCCGGCUUGUUUUACAGAGUUUCUGUAUGGAGAUGGCUGUCCUGGCUUGAAGCGUGAUGCUGCUUGUCUGUUUGAACAGCUAUUUGCCUAUCUUCUAGACCGACAAGAACUCGAAUACACCAUUCCUGGAGAAGAGCAGCACUUCCGCUCGCCUCGACAGAAUCGGUUUUCCACUCCAGAAAUGAUAGCGGUGUUCGCGGACGUGCGCCGAAGGCUCGCCCUCUUGAGCAGCACCAGAGCCACGAUUUCUCGGCCAGGCUUUGCAGCGGACUUGAAACUGAUUUCAGAAGCCACUCCGGCAGAUUUUGUGGAAGCGAUGGGCAUUGCUGGCAAAGAUGCAUCGCUCAAGCAAGUUGCGGGCCAUCCAGAGGUUUCCAAGAAGUUGAAAGCCGUCCUGCGUUCGCUGUCUCUGAGCACAGCCAACAUUUGCGGAACCGAAGGCCGCAAAACCACACAAAGGCACAUUGGAAAUUCCAUGAACAUUGUUUAUGGGCCGUGUUCCUUAUUUGUAACUAUGAACUUCGCGGACACCCGCUCCCGCCUCGUCUACCAGCUACAUGGAGGCGGAUUGGAAGAAAACAUAGAAGUGGAACUGUGGAAGGAUGACCCUGCCAUGCCAUCUUUGCGAGACAUGCACCGGCUGGUGGCUUGCGACCCUCGUGCUCAAGCAAAGUUUUUCUUGCUCAUGAUGGAACUGCACGUUCGCCACGUGCUUGGCCUUGAUGAUGUCCUUUGGGGGAAGCGCAAGCUCUGCUCACCCAGCAUUCCAGGUCGAGAAGAUAGUUUUGCCGCAUCGCUUCGCCCGUGUCUUCUCCCAUAUCCGGUAGCUGCAAUGGGCCCUGGCGAGUCCCAGGAACGGGGGUUCGAGCAUGCGCACCUGAAGAUCCAUGGUUUCAGUGUCAGUGAUGCACGACGAAUCAAGGAAGCGCUCCUCGGCUCGGAUGUUGAAACAACUGCUCGCUUGCAAGCUUGGCGACAGCAAGGCUUGCAAUAUGUUGAAUCAGUCUUGCAAGAAAGUGCGACUGCAACUGCAAGGUCGCUGGACCUGCAUCUGCCUCCAGUAGGUUUUUCGAGGGAGCAGCAAAGGCAAACAAGGUUCGAUGGCCUAGAAGAAGAAGAUGGAUCUAAGAGAUUGCUUAUGCCAGUAGUUGCUGACGAUGUAGAUGGCCACGUGGAGAGAGAAAAUGCAGCAGCAGCAGCAGAGCAGAGGGCCCCACGCGGGCCUGUGGACAUCCCUUUGACAGGCUCUGUGAACAGCAGCCUUCCAACAUACAGGUUGCCAGGCGCUUUUGGCCGAAUGCAAAAGUGUGUGAACGAUGCUGUUUCAUUGGACUGUCCAGACCCGAAGCUUUUGACACGCACGCCGUGGCGUCAGUGCGCAAGGUCCGAGGGCAAAGUUACGCUUGAGCUUCCGGAUGGGCGACAGGCGCAAGAUGCCGAGUUGCUGGCAGACGCUGCCAUGUUUGAAGAAUGUUUCGCUCGAGACACGCGCAGAUGUUUCUUCUUUAACCAAAUGCACCGCUGUGUGGAAUCCUGUGUAAAGUAUUCCAAAAGCAAGCAAUCCCGGUCAGAACAAGUUGCUAAAAGUAGGGCGCCGUUGUGCAGGGCCAGGUUCUACCACAUAGUCGAAGUUGUGGUUGACGCAGCUUCGAUAAAGCGGAAAAGACGUCGCGGCAAACGCCCGCGUGAAGCAGUCUGUGUGGACGAAGAUGUUCUGUCGGAGACCUAUUGCAAAGUGUGCUUGCAGAGAGACCAUCCGUUUAUCAGUGUGAGCUCCGAUGUCAUGCAGGUUUGUGCUCGUUGCAACGUGGACUGCCAGUACUUGGAGUUGCUGCCCACUGCCGUCCACCUGGAAGAGACUUCCACGAAGCGCGCGUGGUGGUCCUGUCUUGGCAUUCGUGCUUUGAGCAAAACUAAAGCGGCAGUGGCUUCAUCCCUCCUUUAUGUGUUUCGACAAAUGCAUCAUGCGGAUUUCUACAUCACCAAAUAUGUUGCAAAGCCGCUUCAGUCAAUGAAGCCCAUUCUGGAGCAAUUCUCCCUUGCCAUGGUUCGCCUAGAAGCAGAAAUUGCAGCACAGCCAGACGCAGCCAAACGGCGAAAACUGGACCCUGCAACGCAUGCCAAGCGCACCUUGCUCAAAUUGGCACACGCAGGCAACAGGUGCUUCUGGCAGUCAGCUACCGAGCUAUGCACCAUCCUCCUAACCGGCGGCGAUAUGUUGCAGACACAUGUGGUCCAAACUGCGCCUUGGCUGCAAGAGUCGCACAGAGUCUUCUUCAAACAGGUCAGCUUCAUGGCUUGCAAGGCCAAAGAGCUUAUUAACACGGACAUCGACGCGGUCAUUGGCCAAAUUGAAGAGAACACUGACAUCCACAGCAACAUUGGCCAAAUUGAAGAGAACAAUGACAUCCACGCGGUGAUUGGCCAAAUUGAAGAGAACAAUGACAUCCACGCGGUCAGUGGCAGCUCCGACGAUGAAGCCAAAGGCCCGAGAAUCGAAAUCAUGUCCAUGAAAACUACAAACGCCGCAGAUGACUAUGCACACCGCGGUGCAGCCUUGCGCAGCUUCCAUUUCUUGGGGUACCAGAUGUAUGUCAGGCGUGUGCCGCUGCGUAAAUCUUCUGUCCACCAGGUCUUUCCAUUUGAGCCGCACUACGCAUUAGCUUCCCGUUACGGUCAAGAGGUUCGCUUGAAGAUGGCCAUACCGCGCUUGUGCAACUUUCGAUGUCCCAGCAUGACGGAAGACCCUGAAGGUAACGCAAUGAUGAAAGGCCUGCUGUUUCAGGCAGUCGCGUGUCCAGGGCCAAACUUUUGUCAUCAUGUUAUGCGUUUUCAACCUUUGCUGGGAGCCGCACAGGAACAUGCUGAAACCAUUCACAAGCCAAGCUCGUUUACUUUUGAAUCGGCGUGGCGGGUUGAACGCGCUAGGGUGGAGCUGUUAGCACGCAGGGCUGACAGGCUGGAAGAAGCAGGGCAAAGGCUUUUAGUGUUGCAUGACACGACCCUGCUAAAAGCCUGGCUUCCGCCGGAGCCUGAGCAACAUGGUGUCCUGCCGCAAUCUAGGAGACAGGUUCUGCAGGAUCUGGUUCUUGCUCGCCGGCUGCCCGAACGUACCGCUGAAUCUGUUGCGAGCUUCCUUUGUGCGCAGGACCUGGUGGCAGGGCAUGUGUGUCCGUGCACGCCCGACACGGUGGACAGGCAGGUGGAAGGGCACUUGUUCAGCUUCUGUACAUCGCUGCGUUGA